AUGUCUGCGAUAGAGCGUGCAGGAUCGCCGUGGUGGUUGUUGGCAGUUGUUGAUGAGAACACCCGUGGGAAAAAAGGAAACGAAAAGAAAUCAGAAUCACGAUAUUCGAAGGCGCCGAUUGAGAUGCGCGGCGGACGAAGACGAGAGGAUCGUGCGAUCGUGCGAGAGGUGUUGAAUCUUGUGGAUGAGGAGAGGGAUGCAAGAGGGAAGAAGCAAGUUGGGAAAAUUAUGGAGUGGUGGGAGGGGCAAGGUCACACAAAGCGGGAAACUCUGCAGCGUGAUUCACAAGCGAGAGCACUCCCUCCCUUCGAGGAGAUCAUGACCCAGGACCAGUCUUUCCAGCAAUCGCGCCCCCCACCACCUCAUCCUGUCGCACCUAUCGUGGCCUCCGACGACGUGAACAGCGCGACCGAGCGUGAAGGCCAGAGACUCUGCUGCCUCAUCCGACACAUGACCUCAGCAGACAGCCUAGGCAAACGCAAAUCAGACGCGAAGACGUUCGCCGACGACCUUCUGGACAAUUUCAAACUCCCUGUUGCAAACCACUCGUGGAGCCUCACCCACGAGCACCUCGACCCAAUUUCCGACCGUUUGAGCAACCACGAAUGCGAUCCUCAAGCUCUGGCGAAUCCGUUUGAGCAUUACGACGUGGCAGUUCGCCAUUACUAUGACAUUCAGUGCAUCGACGCGAUCUGCACUUCACUCGCCGAGUGGCCCCCAACCGCUGCGGGAGAAGAGAACCUUAUUGUGUCCCGUUUCGUCGAGCCCGUCAGCCUCGAAGCACGCGACAUCGUGAACGUUUGUCUACCCAGAGAACGACUACCGACCUCGGCGCAUACGGGGCCUGAAGGACUACGCCACUGCCGUCUAGGAGGAGGAGCAGUUGCCGAUGCUUCCCACCAGCCGUCAGGAGCACCACGAUCCUAUACAGCAGGCGCUCGAUGUCGACAGCCUGAUCAACCGUCCUCAUCGCGCUUGCGCUUCCCACCCGAUCCCAGGUUCCGUGGAAUCGCCACUGCGCAUGCACAUUCAACGAUUCGAUCGAGCGUCAGCCUCCCUGGCGAUAUGACGACAUGA